AUGGGUUGUGGUGCUUCUAAGGAAGUCGUAGAAGAAGAAAUCCAGGAAGAAAGACGCCGAGAAAAGCGGCGUCGGGAGAGAAAAGAGAAAAAAGCCGAGAAGAAGAAGAAAAAGAAAAGCAAGAAAUCGAAGAAAAAGAAGAAGAAGAAAUCUAAGGAACAGCCACAGUCAACAACAAUCAAUGUGACGGUUCCAAAAGAAGAGAAGAAGGAAGAGCCAAAGAAAGAAAAAACUCCACCGCCGCCAAAAACAGCAGAACCAGUGACAGUUAUCGUCCAGCAACCGCCCGCUCCAGUUCAGCAAGAGCCUCCACCACCAGCGCCACAACCAGAAUCAGUCCAGCAGCAACCCCAGCCACAAGCUCCUCUCCCGUCCCCUCCCGUUCAAGCUCAUCCGCAGCAAGAAUACUACCAGAUGCCGUCUACAAUGGGCGUUUCUCUCGAAGACUUGUCGGACAAAAUCUCGUUGAUCGAGCAGAACAUUCAACUUCAAAGCCAAACAAACGAGCAAAUUCACAAGAUCAUCAUCGCCAUCGCAGCUAAUCAGAACCGCCAAGCUCUCCCUCCUCCUCCACAGCAGCCCCCCAUCCAGAUGAUCCAACCGCCUCCCCAACAGCCCCAAGUCGUUCAAGUUCCAGUGCCCGUGCAGGUCCCUGUUCAUGUCCCUGUCACUCCUGCGGCUCCUGUUUAUCCGGAUUUUGACAAUAUUGCUGGAUUCCAGCCCUCUCAGACAGACAAUAUGACUUCUGCUGUUUUGCAGCAGCAUCUGACCAAGCUCAAAAACGAGCAAAACAUGCUGAUUCGCGAUUUGAACAGAAUCAAGCGCCAUGGCCACUACGAUCCGAACAGUUUCAAGGUCAAAAGUAUCCUUUCCUACAUCCAAAAUCAACAAAAGGCGAUUGAACAACUAGAAUCAGCAGUCAACGCGUCGAAUUUUGCAGAAACGGACUUUGCCGAUUUCAGCUUUCCCACUUACUCGCAACCGGCUCGGCCCCAGUCGAUGAAUUACAAACCAACAAGCUCGGCCCAGUGGAAUGCGAAUGCUGCUAUGGCACCCGUUGGCACAACAGGGGGCCAGGGCGGAUGGAUGUAUCCCCAACAAGCUCAGCCAAAUUACCAGCGAAUGGAAGUGAAGACACCGCAAGUUAACCCUCACAAUACAAGUUUCCCUGGCUAUUGA